AUGUGCAGAUCAUGGGUCUGGACUCAGGAAAAACACAGUACCUGUUGCAUUGAUAGCAACUAUGCAUGGGCAGAAAAACUGGAUAUUCAAGAACUUCCCCAACCCAUAGUGGCUUGUAACGCCAACAACACCGAGAACAUCAGUGGCCGGAUCACACAUUACGUUGACCUAAGGAUGAGAAUUGGUCCUCAUGUGGAGACACGCACGUUCCUUCUGACGUGUUUGGGAAAAGCUUGGAUCUUCAUCGGUCUUGAUUGGCUGAUGGAACACAACCCCGAGGUGGAUUGGCAGGAGCAGACAAUGAGAUUCAGCCGAUGCCCAGAGCGGUGUCACAUGAGGGGUCACGAGGAGCACCAAGCAAUGAUCAACAUGGAUGCAAUUGACUUGGACACGGUGAUAGGCUGGCUACCAGACACGCUCUGCACCAGCUCUAUGAGGGCGUAUUUUUGCGCUUUUACAGAGUUUACUCUCGAACCACUUGGUGUAUCGUGUCGCGGUUGA